AUGGUUCACCUCAAGCGCUUCUUUGCGGUCUCGCCGCUCAUCAACAGCGCAGCCGCCCAGAGCAGCGGUGACAAGAUCUGGGCGGCCGUCGCAUUCGUCAACCAUGGCGAGAGGACGCCCAUCAUCAGCGACAUGCGCACCAUCCUGACUCCCGAGGGAGCCCAGCAGAUGUGGCGGCAGGGGACGGCCUUUCGAGCUCGCUAUCUCAGAAACAGCGUCAACGAAUCCGACUUUGACGAUAUCCAGACUGCAUACAUCCAGAAGCUCAACAUUGAUGUGAUUGACAAUGAUGAUGUCGACAUUCUCUCUCAGACUGAUGAAUGGGUGUCUGCUGGGGCCAUGGCUUUCAUGCAGGGCCUUUAUCCUCCGUCGCCCAGUGCUUACGAUGCGACCGCUGGAGGUGAAGAUUUGGGUCUCAACUUGGACCUGGGCGAUAACAACACUGAAUACCCACUCAAUGGAUAUCAGUAUCCCAAUAUCAGGACUGCCAGUUACAUGGACCCUAGUUCUACUGCACUCGACGGGACAGCGCGAUGCUCUGCCUGGAACACAGAGAUCAACACCAACUUGACCUCAGACGAGCAGCUCAACAAUCUCUACCAGUCAACCCUUCCCUUCUACCAGAAUCUCUUUUCAACUGAGCCGCUCGUUGGGACAAUUGAUAUUGGUUAUGCUCACUUCUGGAACGCCUAUGAACUCUGGGAGUAUGUCGACUACAUGUAUCGCCACAAUGAGACUGUCCACAGGGGCAUGAGCAACGCAAACGUGACGCUCGGCUUCCUCAACUCAUACGCCACCACCCUACUGCGCGCUCAAAACAGCUACAAGGAGCGCCAGGGCGACAAUGACCCCCUGGGCAUCCUCUACUCCAUCGCCGGCCGCACGCUGGCCAACAGGGUGACGCAGCUGUUCCAGAACAACAUCAAGUGGAAUGGCGAGUACAACAAGCUCAGCCUCAUGUUUGGAUCCCUCGAGCCCAUCAUGAGCUUCGUCUCCCUCGCGGGGCUCGUCUCGGGCGAUGAGAUCUUUAAGGAGCCCUUUUCGUCGCUCCCCGAGCCGGGUGCCGCCUUGGUGUUUGAGCUCUUUGGCGAGGACCCUGACUUUCCUAACCGACAGCCGUCUGCCGAUACUCUGCGUGUGAGAUUGUCUUAUCGCGCCUCGGCUGAUGCGGAUGAGGACUUUGCGAACCAGGGGCUCUUCAGUCCAAGUCCUGACGGGGUGUUGUAUACUGAGUUCUUAGAAACCAUGCAGGAUCUCGGCAGGACAGCCAACGACUGGUGUGACAUCUGCAGUCCCACGCCUGCCCCCUGGUGUCUUUUGAAUGCUGUGGAAAACCUGGACUUGAGCACCUCUACGAUUGGUCCGGCAAUUGGUGGAAUCAUUGGUGCGAUCAUUAUGCUCGUCAUUGUCGCCAUUGUAUUUGCAGGUCUUUACUUCUUGGGAGGAGUUCGUCUCAGUCGCAACAAUCCCCCUCCUGCAGAAGAGCCGCAGGCUGAGGCUGCUGUUGGUGGUUUCAAGGGAUCUGACAGGAAGGGGGAUGAUCCCGAUGUCGUGGUGACAAAGACGGGGGUUCACCAUGAACGUGUGGGCAGCUGGGAGCUCCGAGGUGGAAAUCUGCCUCCCCAGACCUCUGGCAUCGUCAACAAGGACUUGGGGCCAGAUCCUCGACGUUCGCUUAGUGACGACGAAGACGGCAUCAGCGUCAUGGGAGCGACGCCAGUGAAGGAACAUGAGGCCGUCUAA